GUUGCGUAUGUGGUAUAUGAUCCCCGGGUGCUCCGAGGGCCUUGGGGGGUAUUUAAGUAUUCAUGCUGAGCCCAUUCGUGCGCCCCUAAGGCAGCUGCCACACACAUAUAAUCAAUUUCGAUUAACAUUUAGAGGAUCUCUUUUUUCUAAUAUCAUUUUAAUAUUUACCUAAUAAUUCACCAUGACUUCCAUGCAACAAAUUGACGGCAAAUGUGUUGACCCACGAAAACUCAUCAAGCUACUACGAAACGUCUAUGGCAUUUCUGAGGAAGGGAAAAAUAAUUUUUAUGUUGAGCUCCGCCUCAACAAAUACAAGAUAUAUCGAACAACAGACGGGCCUGAUCUGACGGAGGACGAUAUAAGGGCCUGUCGAACUCGCCAGAGACUUCGACCAUGAAUAUUUAUACGUUAAUGUGCCAAUAGAUGGGAGGUUAUAUGAAUGCUUUAUGUGACAUAUACAUUGCGAUUUGAUUUUUGAUAUUCGGUUAUCCAAGAGCUGGUUCGGAUGAACCAAGAUGGACGAAUUAGAAUGCAUUUUCUUUUUUCUUUUCUGUUUUUUCCCCAUGGAGCUACACGCUUUGUUUUAUGGGGUAAUUCCAAAAGAAAUUCUGUUUUGGUCUGGUAUAUUGGACAGCAGUGCCUGCCCAAAGCAACUAGCUAUAACCUCUCAUUUGCAUGAGAUGCUAACGUGGCCUGGCUUUUAUGGCGGGGUGGG